UGUCUUUGAGGUCUGAUAAAAUGGAAGACGUGGCCGUUUAAGGAUCAUAUGCUUGGCUCGGGCUUCACUCCCAACCUAUUACUCAACAUCAAUAAUUGGUCUCCAGCAUUAUAAAUCACGUGACUCGACAACAAUUAUUGGAUUUUAUCCCACACAACCGUGACUCGAUGUUCAUGAAGAAAUUGAGUCACAUCCGGGACCAAAUUUUGGGUUGCUUUAAUAAUUUGAAUGAUACCAUUAUGAGCCUAAAUACUAGAUCCGUUAAUGGUAAACUCCUUUCCGGAAAGAUUUAUGAGUUGUUGAGAACUAAAGGGACGCCGAGAAUAUGGAUGAGUUUCAUUUUGAAGUCUUAUAUCCCCCCAAAGUUCUCAUUCAACAUAUGGCUUGCUUUGAGGAACCGGUUACCUACACAGGAUAACCUAGGUUACCUACAUAUUGUUAAUUGUUGCAAGGGUGGAUUGGAAACAACGCCACACCUAUUUUUUCGUUGUCAUUACACUUGUAGGGUUUGCGAAAAAAUAUAGGAAUGGUUGGGAAUGACACAAGAGAUGACCACACUUAGCAGCUCGAUCAAAUGGAUCCUGAAGGGCCACAAAGGAUCAAAGAUCAAAGGGAAGGCUGUCCGAAUAGUUUUUUGCGCCGCGGUUUACUACAUUUGGCACGCUAGGAAUGCCAAUCGAUUUGAUGAAGAGGACGUCAAGGAAGAGGAGAUCAUCGCAAAAGUCAAGCAUGUGGUGUAUAAAAUACUUUUCAAUUUAUACCCGCAUGUCUUGAUUACAUUUUGAGUAGAAGGCCACGACAUGGAUAUUAUGGAUGCCACGGUUUUGGACAGACUGCUACAUGAUUGUUUGGUGCGCCGAGGCAUGGUUGGAUGCCGCGGCUUGGGAACUCAGGACACCGCGGUAUGGACAUCAUGGAUGUUGUGGCAUGAAGCAUGGUCUUGAGUUUUAGGGUGUGUGCAUCUUGCAGCACCUUUGUACUUUGUUUAGAAUUUUAGCCUCUGAAUUGUGUGCGUGCAUGUGCAGCACCGAUGUAUGUUUGAAC